AAGGGAACGGGAGGCGAAGAAAGGACUACAGCUCCCAGGGGCUCCUUUCGGGCAACCGUUCUCGCCACUUGCUCUCGCGAGAUGGCCCGCCGCCGCUCCGUUCCCCAACCCCGCCUCUCGCAAGUUCGCGCUCGCUUGCGGCGCGGUGGUUGAAUGUGGGGCCGCUGAGGGAAGGCGGUGGCGGCGGCGAUGGCAGCGCGUUCCGCCGCCGCCGCGUCGUCUCCUCCGACGGAGCUGUCCUUGUCGCCGUUCGUCCGGAAGCUCCGUCAUCAGCUGGCUGAAAUUAGAGAACGUGCUCUUAGAAAUAUUUUGUGUAAAUUGGAUCACAACUUGGUUACAUAUGAUGAUUUGGUUCAAGAAAAACUCCUGUUUCUCAGUCUUCUGGAGUGGUUCAACUUUCCUGUAGUACCAAUGAAAGAAGAGGUUCUGAAUUUAGUGAGCAACCUGGUGAAGCAUCCAUCUGCUGUGGAACAAUUGGUUGGGAUUGGGGCAGUGGAGUUUUUCACUCAACUUCGUCCAAAUGUGGAUCCAAACCUACAGGCUGUGAUUGAUGGGAUUUUGGAUGGGCUAUUUGUGUUGCCUUCAGAAAUCUCUGCUGAUUAUCAGGAAGUGUCUUAUCAAACGCCCUUGCCAGCAGUGACUAAUAUAGUAUUGUCAGAAGAAGCUAAUGCUGGAUACUUUGAUCAAGGGGGAAAUAAUUUGAAAGAGAUGGGAAUACCACCAAAACAGCUAUCUGUGAAACACGGCGUGAAAUCCUUGAAAUUUUCUACAUUUCCAUGGUUAUCCCUGACCACAACAGAUAGACAUGUUCUUUCAUCAAGUGAAAGCUCACUGAGAAGCAAAAAUCACAGUUUAAUUUGGAAUACCUGUGAGCUUCUACAAGAUGUCAUCAUGCAAGACUUUCCUGCUGAGAUAUUUCUUCAGAGACCAAAGAUUGUUCAGAGUCUUCUGUCGCUAACAACACUGGCUUUCGGAAGAGAUGGACAACACCGUUUAGCCUUACAAGCUGUCUUAUGUCUGCAGCAAUUAUGUACCUUCUUAAGAAACAGACUGAACUUCCAUAGAGAUCCAAGUUUUGUCUCAAGUGAAACUGGUACCGUUUCCCAGAAUUCCUCAGUGUCUUAUGGCCAAGAUGCUAGAAGAUCCCUUCAUUCUCAGAAUGCAUCCCCUGGAAGUAGUAGUCCUCGACCUUCUGUGAUAGGACGUACAGGUCAGCGUCCCAGAGGUGAUGGUCAAGAUUGGGAUGCAGUAUCUUCAAGUGGAAGCAGUUCUCAUGCUAAUGCGAAUUCAAGAGUUCACUCACCUUUGGAUAUGGGCCAUAUUGACCUUCCAGAACUGGAGAAUGAGGAUACUUUAGAGUUACAGUUCCAACAGCUUAGCCUUCCUCAGUUCUGUGUAGCAGUUUUAGAAUAUGCUGUGCCUCUUCUAAGAACAGGUAGUAAGAAAGUGACCAUGCACGUUCUGGAGUGUCUGGCCGAGAACCUGCUGCUUAUUUCUGAUGCCGUGUCUGAAGAUGUUUGGGAAGACAACAGUCUCUUUGGGCUGGAACUUAAGGAAAAACUGCUUGGAGUCCUAGAUACCCUGGGUGAAACCAUGACCUACCACAAAAAUAAUGCAAGUUCAGAGCAGCCUGAGCUUGUGAUCAUCCACCACAGAAUGGCAUAUGUUAGUGUUUCACUUUUCACCAUUCGGUUACUGCAAUCACUUAUCCCUGUGGAAAAGGCUGACAGUGUUUUACCAGAGAGUUUACUAGCAGCUUUAUUUGACCUUUCCGUGGACAUGCCUUUCUCCUUGGAAUAUCCAAGUAUUCAUGACUCUGUCAUAGCUUAUUUGGAACAAAUGAAUUCAGAAAACUACAGCAUCUAUAAACAAGCUGCAGAGGCUGCCUAUUCUGUUGAGUGUACCUGUAACUUUAUGGCGGAAGUCCACAAGGAGGGAGAAAAUAAUCUUCUUGAUCUACUGGAGAUGGUAGAACAGGCCCUAAAAAGUCUCCCAUAUCAUCAGCACUUCCCUCUACUUCAGGAAUUCCUCAGCAUUUGCUCAGACAUCUGGAAGUCUGCCCAAGCUAGCCCGUUGCUGCAGGCAGAGAGUCAGAAGGUUCUCCUCCAUCUGUUGUCCCAUCCUCUGCCGAAUAUACGAACUGAAGCCUAUCGCUACUGCCUCAAAACUGUUAAGGAAUGUUUAGGAAUUCAUAAUGCCACUAAACCUGUUUCUUCAGUCAGCUAUGGAAUACAUUUUCUGCUUCAUCCCAAAGUUCUCUAUGAAAUCUGUAGUUUUGGCCUUCAAGAUUCCCAUCAUGAGGUGUGCUCAGCCGCCACUUUUAUGCUGAUGUAUCUUCUUCAGGGCCGAUUGAUGAUGGCAGCAGUGACCUGGAACAAGUUUAUUGAGGCCCUCUAUCCUGUUGUUCCAAUUCUUCAGGGCUAUGCAGACACAGAAGAUGCUCUGGGUAGUUGCAUCCUCUCACUGAGUGAAACAAAUGCUGAAAAAGAAGGGAUUCUCCCCAGAACUACAAGACUUAAAGCUGCCUUGCGUCUUCUGUUCUCAAAAAAACCAUUAGUCCGUUCCACGGCGCUCAAACACUUGAUGUUUCAUCUUACGACUGAAGAAGAGGCAACCCUGAGGCACCCACUACCACAAAGUAGUGUCCUUUCAAGCAUCCCUAACUUACUUAUUGUGGAUAAGACUGUUGAACUCAAGCUGGGAGAUUCAGCAAGAGAGUCAGUAUUUAAGGCUGAGACUGUUGAAAAGCUGUAUGAUAUCUUUACCUCGGACACAAUUGAUCUAGUUUUGAGGAAGUCAGCAGCUGAGCAGCUAGCUGUAAUUAUGCAAGAUUCUAAAAUGCAUGAAAUCAUCAAAAAGAUGGGUGUCAUAGACAAAAUACUUUCAUACUUUGCUGAAUGUGUGGACCAGGAUGGCAAGGUUAUGGGGUGUAUGAUGUUGCCAUGUCUUACCCUGUUACGGAAACUUACAUAUGCAGAUCCAGCAAAGCGGCUCUCCCUGGCCAACCAGCCAUCUGUCUUGCUGGUGUUAUUUAGAGUUUGCUUGUUAUUCCAAGAUUAUGGUGCUGUCAUGAGUGAAGCAGCAGCAGUGCUUUGUCUACUACUGUUUGAUGAGGCAUCAAGAAAAGAGAUGUGGGGACCUUGUGUGCAUGAUGAAGAAUCUGGUCUAUCUCUCACUGGAAAAACCGCCUUGCAGGCUCUGUUAUAUCAUUGUCGCUUCUACGAGCAUUUGAAUGAGAUGGUGAAACAGUGCUACUUAGGUCGAUAUACAUUUGAUCUGCAUUGUUCCUUGGGAGGCAGCCAGGCAGCCAAAAAGAGUAGCAUAAAUGAUUUUGACGAUUCACUUUCUCUCUGGAGAGUUGUAUCUACUCAAAGUCAAUCUCCAAGUUCGCAGUCAACCUCUGACACUGUGAUCAUUUCCUCAUCGCCAUCUCCAGGCUGUGCUGUGGAACUGCAGCUGCCCACCUCACCACCUAUAGCUAGAAUUUGCGACGUGCCACUUAAUCGGCUCAUGGCGCAAGGUCAGAGCGACACGACGACGACGGCGUCUUCAAGUCCGCAUGACUCCCCGCAGUCUACCAUCAGACCCAAUCAGUGUGCGGUGGUCACUCCCCCUCUCCUGUCAGCGGUGUGCGGCUUGCUGGACAACCUGCUGAUUGUCACUCCCAAAGACACCGGCGUUGCUCUUCAGCAAGCACAGACACUAACUGCUCUCAGUAGUCUAGUAAAUUCCAGCUUGAUAGAGAGAUGUAUCUUGGAAAUGAAAGCACCUCUUCCUCAGCCUUUUCAUAUGGACUACACAAAAAUUCAGGUUUUGUUUCUACUGCAGUUUGUUUCAUCGUUGUCCCAACUGCUACAGUCUUGCUUGCUGGUAGACACUCGCCUGGUGAUGCAAGAUGCAUUAUUGACACCUCUCUUGGCUCAUACCUUUGUGGUUCUUUCCAUUGGCUGCAAGGAUGGCUUAGGGCCAGAGAUAACUGCUGCAGUUCACCAAACUUGGGAAGACUCAUUCAGCCUUCUCACUACUCUGUUAAGAAAAUGUGGCCAUGCCUCUCUGCCAUUUGUGACUGCAGCUCUUGCAAAGCAUUGGAUUCCAGUAAUCGAAACAAUAUGUGAAUGUAUGCAAUUCUCCGUCAGACACCCUGAGUUGUGUGUGGCCUGCUUGCAGUUCCUUGCUGUCCUGUUUUCUGAAGAGGGGAAAAGAGAGCUCAACAGUAAAGAGAAUGCUUGCUACCACCCAACAGUGGUUUUCCUUCUAGAUGAGGAUGAGAGGAGCCGAGAUUCUGUGGCCAAACUCUGUGAAUUAAUAAUUCAGAGCUAUGAAGGAAAAUCCUCUCAGGAUGUGCUGAAGCGAGUUGCUGCCAGUGCUUUGCUUCCCCUUUUGGCUGUCAGUAAAAGUGCCCAGAAAUGUGCUUUGGAAGCCAACCUAAUAGAAACCUGCUUGGAACAGAUAAAGCACAUUCAUGCACAACUGAACCUAGACUCCUUGAGGCCUGGAAAAGCAGUCCCUAGGAAAAAGGAUGAUAAUAACCUCAGCAAAGAAAUAAAGCUUGUCAUGCAGCUCCUAAGAAAUUGCUUCUUUCGAAAUGAACACUGCAAAGCAGCAGCCCUUGGAACUCAGCUUAUCUCUGUUUUGCACGCUCUGUGGCCGUGGCUUUUAAUGGAUGACUCACUGAUGCAAACAGCUCUACAUUUGCUCUGUGUCUACACGGCAAACUAUCCUUUAGGCUGUGGUUCUCUGUGUUUGGCAAGCAGUGGAUUGUCUCCUCUUCAAACAGCCCAACGAACAGCAGCUGGAAACUCUCUAAUGCAUAGCAUUGUGAAGUUGGCUGCCCAAACCCCAGCCGAGAACAGCACAAUCCAGCAGAUGACCUUUAAUCUUCUGGCUAAUGCCGUUGUAUCUCAUGACUGCAAGGGUGUUCUUCAGAAGAGUAACUUUCUGCAGAACUUUUUGUCGCUGUCAUUGCCAAAAGGAGGAAACAAAAGCCUUGGUCCACUGGCUGUUGCUUGGCUGAAACUCCUCUUGAAUUUAUCAUUUGGAGAAGAUGGGCAGCAAAUGAUUGUGAAGCUGAAUGGUAGCUUAGAUCAGCUUAUAGAGAUGGCCAAGUACAAACACCGAAGCCAUCCAUAUACCAUCCUUCUGAUUCUGCACAACACCUGCUUUAACCCAGUCAACAAAUCCAAGAUACUGGCUAAUGAUAAAGCCAUUGCACUGCUAUCUGACUGUCUAGAAAGUGAUAAUCCUGUAGCUCGAAGAAUAGGAGCAUCUGCACUUUGGGCUUUGCUUCACAAUUAUCAGAAGGCAAAAGUGACUUUGAAGAACCCAUCAAUAAAAAGAAGAAUAGACGACGCCUUCCUUUCAGUCAAGAAAACUCUUCAGCAACAAGAAAACCAGCAAGAUGCCUAUCACUUCAAAUGCCUGGAAGCCCUUGUGCUGCUUCUCAGCAGCUAACAGUAGCAGUGUUGCAGAGCUGGUUCCCUCCCCCUUUGAAGGACACCAGAACCCAAAUGGAAUCUUAAAUCCACUGAGUGGAAGAAAUCUACCACUAAAGAAUUAUGUUAAUUCUUUUUACUGAGGAUCCUGUGCAACAGAAACUCCACAAAAUGUGUUUGUCUGUGGCAACCCUGUUCCAGUGCCUUGAUGCAAUAAGAGGCAAAGGAAAGAAUGGAAUAUAAAGCAUGGAUUUUUAACAAUGUACAUAUAUUUUUAUUUUUGAUACAUUUUACACACACUUUUUGCAGUGUCUUUACACAUGUUUGCUUUUAGAAGACACGCUGCUCUUCAGCUGAAGCGUAUUAAUUAUAUAUAAGGAGGCAUAGCACUUAUAAUAUAAAUGAUGUAAAACAUUUUUUUCACAAUGUCUGAACUUGUAUAAAUAAAGAUGUCACCAAAAUGUUGAUUGGCACUAUCACUUGCAGUGAGAAAAGGAGGACUGCCUCUUGGCUGCUACUGUACAGUGAUUCAGCCUAGAUACGGAAGGAAAUGUACUCAGGCUGUGUUACCUCUUCCUCAUGAAGCAGAUGCUGAAAAGCCACUGAGAUCAGUGCUAGCCAAAGGCUUUCAGAAAAGUUUGGGCUGCAAAAUGCUAACAUGUCUUGUUCUACCAUAGAUCCAUUCAAAUUCAUUUCAGAAAAGGGCAACCGGGGGGAACAAUCAAAAGGAUGAAGUGAUUCCCCUAUGAAGCAAUGUUGCAGUGUUUGGGACUUUUUAGUUUAGAGAAAUGUUGAGCAAGAGGCAGCAUGAUAGAAGUGGCAUGGAAAAAGUGGAUAGAAAAAGUUUUUUCCUCAUAGUGCUAGAACUUGUGGACAUUCAGUGAAGCUGUGGAUAGUUAAACUAGAUAAAUUCAUGGAGGAGAGGGCUAUCAGUGGUUAUUAGCUGUGAUGACUGUGCUUUGCCGCCACAGUUGGAGACAGUGACGCUUCUGAAUACCAUUUUCUGGAAACCAUAGGAAGGGAGAAUAUGCUUGAAUCCUGCUUGUGGGGUUUCUCACAUGCCAGGCCCUUCCCCAUGUGUAUACCAAACAGUGUUGGAACCUUAUUAGCAAAGCAUCCUGAUUAUCCACAGCAAAAAGUAGCAUUUUGAGGUGCUAGAACAUGCAAUGAGACGACAAGCCAGAGUUGUGUGUGCUCUGAUCUGCACCUCAUGAUGAAUAAAUGAAAAAGAACAGGCAGAAUAAGUACAUGGGCAGCAUUCAUAUAGGAGUGGCUAGUGUAUGUUUUAAAUACAAUAUUUCCUUUUUAAACAGUCCUGUACUAGCUCACCUUUUGGCAAAAUGGAUAUCCAGGUACCAAGGGAGCUUAAAACUCAUCUUCCUUCAUGCUCUCAUUUAGGUUUUAAAUAGGUUUAUGAGGGUCUCAUUUUUAACAUAAAUUAUAUUUUAACUCUCCAUAUUCUUCUAAAAAAAUUGAAGUGCAGCUUCCCUUUAUUAUGUUCCAAAUGGCUUUAGAGUACAAAGUGUCGAUGACUAAGAAUCCUUUCAGGAGUAUUAAGUAUUGUGUGCCUGUCUUGGAUCUGUCCAGAGUAGGUUUUGAAUCUCUGGUGUCCAUAGCAACAAUGCCACAUAAUAGUUAGUUAGCUUUCCUUUGAUUCUCCAGCAGGCAGUUCUGUCUCAGAUGUUCGCCAUCCCUAUGUUCUAACAAAACAAACAUCAACUGCAAAUCCAUAUUCUACUUUGUUUGUAUUAUUUUUUAGGUUGCAUGCCAAAUAACUAGGAACCAUAAAUGUUACCUCUUUAUCCCCUACUCCCACUCCAGCUUUCACUUCUUUCACCAUCCUUCUCAUACGGUGAGGUAAGUGGAAACUAAUAAAAUAGAGUGUUCAAUGAGAAGAAAGGCCUUGGAGGGAUAUUGUUAAAUGUCUUUUGAGGCAGCUGAAAAAUGUGUUGCACCUAGAUCUAGAUUUUUGUCACAUCGGGUUGUUAAAAGUACUUCUAGAAAAGUGUACUUGAGGAAAUGUGAAGCACUAUGGAAGAAACCCGAGAAAAUCACUGUAAGAGUGAUACUUCUCAAAAGAUAGCAGGUUUAAAAAUGGAGGGAAAUGUCUGUGUCAUCUGUGUGUUUAGGAGCUGUUUAGAUUUAUAUUUUAGAUUCUUAUCCUAUGGCUCUAAAUAAAUGAGAGAUGGGUGACCUUCCCCAACUAAGUUUGGAUUGGUACAGGAAUUGAAAGCACUUUUGAGAUUUUUAACGAGUUUUAGGAACUGAAAUAAAGCUUACUCCAAAAUCAA